CAGGAAAUCGUUUUGACAGUACGUACAUACAUAACCUUUCAAUCUUCCGCUAAUGCAUAUUGGUAUCGCAAUUUUGCCAAUUUCUAUUGUUUAUUUUCCUGAAUAACAGAAUAGUUCCUCUUAUUUAACUUUUCCAAAGGUAGCAUAAGUUGUUAAAAUGGAAGGAUUUGAGAUAAGAUUGACAAGCAGCAAGAAGGGUAAAGGACUCUUUGCAACGCAGAAAUUUGAUCAGGGUGAUGUUAUUUUAGAAGAGGAUCCUUUAGUUUCUUGCCAGUUUGCUUGGAAUGCGGCUUACAGAUAUUUAGCAUGUGACUAUUGUAUGAGGCCACUGGAAACUCCAGAACAGAAUGUAAGGAGACUAUCGUGCAAACCAGACAUAGUACUCCCACACUCUGAUAGAUUUGAGCUGAACCUUGAGAGUAUAACAAGCUGUGACCAAUGUGGCGCCCUCUAUUGUUCCGAGGGAUGCAGACAGAAGGCGUAUGUGACAUAUCAUAGAAUAUUGUGUCACAAUCCGAGUGAUGCCCAACAUCCUAUUGUUGUUCUCAUGGAGACAUGGAAACAAAUGCAUUACCCACCGGAAACAACAAGUAUAAUGUUGUUAGUAAGAAUACUGGCUUACAUACAGCAGAGUCCAGACCCGUCGGCUGCUAGAGCUAAAGUGAAGCAGUUCUGCCACCGCACUGAGAAUGAGGACGCUGAGUUAGUACACAAGUUGCUCGGCGAACAGUUCACACAUCAAAUGAAUACACUGAGAGAGAUGACCGGACAUGUUGUUAGCGGAGAUGAAGUACAAGAGUUUCUAACACCAGAAGGAUUUUGCACACUAAUGGCUUUAGUUGGCACAAAUGGCCAAGGCAUUGGUACCAGUCCCCUGGCUAUGUGGGUCAACUCUGUGCUGGAAAUAACCAUGUCUGAUGAUGAGAGGCAACAGCUGGAUCUGUUUAUUGAUAAACUUUAUCAGUAUGUGGAAGAAGAAUCCGGCUCAUUCCUCAACACAGAAGGUUCCGGACUCUUCCAGUUACAAAGCUCAUGCAACCACAGUUGUGCGCCUAAUGCUGAGUCUACCUUUCCAUAUGGCAACCAUCGAGUGCAGCUCAAGGCAUUAAAACCUAUAAUGCCAGGUGAAGAGAUCUGUAUCAGUUACUUGGAUGAGUGUACCCUGCAAAGGUCCCGCCAUUCACGGCAAAAGGAACUGGCCCAAAACUACCUAUUCGUGUGCUGGUGUGAGCGCUGCAGCUCCCAAGCGUCGGAGCCAGACUGCACCAGCGAGGAGGAGAUGAGCGAUGAAGACAUCGAUGCAGAUGACUGAUGUUCCAACCUACUGGCCUUUUGCUUGCUCGGCUUAUGAUGCAAUAAGUGCAAGAGGUCCAGGUAUUACCAAAACGGUAAUAAACAUAAUAAGAAUAACGAAUCAAGAAUAUGGUUCGGGGCAAUGCUUGUAUUCAGUCUUAUAUUCGUUGCUUUGUUCACUAAGAAUGUCGUUUUCUUGUAUAUUGAGUUGAUUCUGUAGUGUAUUGGUCUAACUAACGUACUCGGAGACAUUUAAUGAUUACUUAAACCCUUCAUUAGUAACGAAAUGUAAUACAAUAGUAUCGAAAACAAUUGCUAAUUGAGUUAAGUAAUCAUUAAAUGACUGAGUACGGCGAUAAGAUGUAUAGUAAUGGACAGAUAUGAUGGUAAAUUAACUAUUUGAUAGUUAUGUUGUUUGGGUUUAUUACACAUUACACAGGUAGGAUUAACCUUAAAGUAUUCUCAUGACAGAUGAUUUAUGAAAAUAUUCGUGUUGGCAUUAAAAUAUUUCUAUUCAACUCGUUAGUAGAUAAAUAGAUGUUACUAGUAGUAAUAAUAAUAAUUACUGUUAUUAAUAAAAUAUACUAUUAAAUGAAUUGAUACUUCCAAUAAUGUGUGAUUCAUGUACAUAGCUUUUGUUCUAGCACAAUUUAGUACAUGCUCUACUUGAUAGCGAAGAUACUUUUCCAGCUGUUCCAUAUUGUACUUUAUUUCAAAGGUGUUAAGAGCGAUAUGUGUAGCGUAAAUGCAUUUCAAAUUUUAAGAGCAAUAUAUUUUUAAUAUGACAUUCCCUAACGGCACUAAUCAGAGUAUACUUAUAUAUAGUAUAAAGUACAUAUAUAGUUAUAUGUAUAUGUCACUAUACGUAAUUAUAACUAGCACUUGGCGGUAAUGCUAUAUAACGAAACAAAGGAAAGGAAUGUGUAAUGUUUGGCGAAAUACAACUUUGUGUAGCUGGUAUAAGAUUUAAAUUGGUGUAGCUUAUUGACAUUUAUUCGUAUGACUAAAGUAUUGAAACUAUCUAUGUUUUAGCUUAAGAAGAAAUAGUAACUGCCGUUCUCAGAGAUGUUUGAUGAUUACUUAAACUGUUCCUUAGUAACGAAUUUGUUGAGAGAACAAUUGCUAAGGACUGUGUUACAUAAGUAACUGUUAAAUAACUCCGAGUACGGCAAAAAGAGUUUAAGUAUUCUUCAACGAAAAUAUUAUAUAGGUAUUGAAUGAUAAAGGGCCCAAAAAGCGGCAAUGGAGCAAGUAAUCGAAUUUUGUAACGUAAAGCCUCGGAGAGUCGGCCUAACGAUAUAUAAUUAUAAUAAAGAAUAUUACUAUUAUUAAUAGAUAUCUAAUAAUAUUGUUCUCGUGUCAAAUUAUUGCAACGAUGCACAAUUUUUGUAGGCUAUUACUGUUGGUAGCGAAUGUAGUAUGAAAACACCUGGGAAGGAAUAGAACGAUAGUGUUACUAGUUAAGAAAUCUAGAUGUUUUAAUUGAAAUAUUUAUAGCAUGCAUUGGGUUACUAUAGUUGGACGAUAAUGAGCUCUAAGUGUAAUUGUUUUAAAGCAUAUUUUGCAACAGGACCAAACUUUAUAACAUCAUCAAUAACAGCUUAUGACCUCCUCGUAUAAGUGGUUGGAUAUCGCAAUUUUAAAGGAUCAGGGAUACCAGAGCUGUUACCCUAUUUCUGUCAAAUGUGCAGAAUGUGUGUGAUUGAGAUAAAAACUUAACAAUAUUCAGUACCCCUACUACAAGUUUGUUUUAUGUUUAACGAAAUCGAAACACGACCGUGUUAGGCGCUCUGAUGGGUUUAUUCAUUCGCACUGGCCAAUCAGAGCGCCGAACGUGCACUCGUUUCGUUUUCGUUCAACGUAAAGUUAACUAACAUUACUAAAGGUACAGGCUUGUACGCUCUUGGCUACACCCAAAAAGUUUGGUUUCUCGUACAUUAAUGAGUAGCAUGUUAAAGUUUUUAACUUAAUAUUUAACACCAAAUUAUUAAUAUUACUAUAGCAUAAUUAUUGCUAAACGAAAUUGUUAUAAGUAAAUUAUAUGUGGCACUUAAGCGGCCAAUAAACGUUACUUCUACUAUGUAGGCCUAACGAUAAAUACAUAUUGAUAUCUCUGUCUUACACGUUUAUCAGCAAAACGUGUGAGUGAGAUAGGUAUAUUGAUCAAAGAAACAUUUUGGCUCUUGACUACACGACAUGUGUCGCGCAAUGUUACUCAUGAUUAUGAGUCCCGAGCGUGGCUUGAAACUGCUCGAUUUACCUUGUCAACCAGUUACGUGAGUUACGUUCAAAUACCCAACGCCACUUAAUUUUAAGACGCUCUCAAGAAUAGUUCUGUCUCUACAAAUUCUUUAUAAAAGACAGAGAUAGUAUGAUAUUAUAAACAACUUGAAAUAAAAUUAAAAAUUAAUAUAUCCUACAAGAGUUAUAAUACAAGAAGUAACGUUUGUUGAUCGCAUUAUUAUUAUUAUAUUAUUGCAUUUCUGGCAAUCUUAUUAUUGUUAUAGUAAAUCUAUAUAAGUAUAUAGGUGUUAUAAUAUCAGGGUACUAAAUUGUGCCAAAUAGUAAUAGAGUAGAAUGUUCCGAAAUAGAUUUUAGAAUAAUAAUAAUAAUUGGCAUUUGAAUUUGGAAUAGUCUGUUCAUUUUGUGACGAUAAUUAUUGUAUGAAGUUUUUUUGUUUAAAACCUUGUUUCGUUAAGAAUGUUGAUUGAUGUUUAAAAAGUUAGGGUUUGUGUUUUUAUAUAAUAUGUAUGUUUUUUAUGACAUGUUUGUUAAGUGCUGGACACCUAACGAAUACGUGAGUUUAAUUUAAAAUAACAUAAUGUAUAAUUCUUAAGCACAUUUCCACGACGAAGUAGUUGUAUACGUUAACAUUACAUAAUAUAUGUGUGCUUUUGGGGUCUCAAUCUGUACUCUUUGUACGAAUUUGCUUUAUGUUAAACUAAAACGAAACGCGUGUUCAGCGUUCUGAUUGGCUGGCGCGAAUGAACCAACCAAUCAGAGCGCCGAACGCACUCUCGUUUCGAUCUCGUUGAAGUAAAGCAAAGUCAUACUAAGGGUACUGUAUCUAUUCUGAAAUUCACUCUACUUAUGAAAAUGACAAAUGGGCAUAAAUAAUAAAAGUGAAUAAAAAUGUUUUUAACAAAUAGGAAAUAUGCUUACGUUUAUGUGUAGCUAAUCAUCGGAAAAUGAACAGCUUUAACUUAUUAAUGAUGAAAUAGUAUGUUCACACAUUAUAUUGUUUAAUUUACGUUAUGGAACACACAAUAUAGUUUGUUAUAGGUGAACAGUACCUUUACCAUGAGUUUGAAGCAAUAGUAUUUGUCGAUAGUCGCUAGCGAUGACGUAA